AUGGCCGGGCAUGGCCAGGGCUGCUCCGUGCAAACGCCCAGGCGGGAGAGUCCCUGCCCUGCUGAGCCUACAUGUUCCGGUGUGAAAACAAAGGCUGGGGAGGGAAACACGGGAGAAAAGGGACUUGCCCAGGGCCACCCAACAGCCAGGAGCUGGCUCUGGUCCAUGGUGGUCCCUGUGCCAGCCCGGAGCUCUGACAUUGCUCCUACAGGCAUUUAUCAUGGCAUGAAGACCCUCCCGCUGCCAGGAUGUAAUGCUGAUCAUCUGGAAGAAUGGGGGAAACUAAAGGCUAUAAGAAACUUCCAGCUUUCAUGUGAGCAGGUGAUGUUUCCCGAGACCCCUGCAUCUUCAGUUCAUACUCUGAGGCCAGCUGACAUUAAAACAGUCACUGCAAUAGGAAGUUUGCAAAGAGCUCCGGGUUCUGAUGUACAUCAUGAGGAUUUACUCCAAAGCACAGGAAAGAGCUUCCUCGAAGUGAGCGUGGAAACUUUAGCAGCUCUCAUUAGCAGUUUUAAUCCCUUGGUCCUACACCAGUCUCCUCUGCUUGGCACAAAGGGAGAGACACCAGACAGUCAAGCCAUAGACCUCCUGCAUCAAGCUGAAGAAAUAGUGAAGCUCAUGAAAGAGAAUCAGAUGAUGGACUUCCAAAAUGACUGGAAACUGAUCACAGUUUUUUUUAGUGCUGAAUGUUCUUCCUGUGCCUCCACACAACUGAAGAGCUGCAUAUUGGACACCCUGGAAGAGCUUAGAACUGUCUUGGAUUUUUUGUAUAAAAAGGUUCCCAGGGCCUUUGUAAAUCUAGUGGACUCUAGUGAGCUUACAACCUCAUCUCUUGCAUGCCAAGAUUACAGUAAUGUCAGCAAUCCAGGCAGGAAUCAGUGCAACUGUGUUGGUGAACACCCCCCAUUAGAUGAGAACAUAUUGAGGUGGUCCUAUUACGAUGCUUGGGAAAAACUGCUGGUGUCCAAGAGGUUUGAUCAAAAGGAUGACUUCACUGUCAUUCUUCAGCCUUCUCUCCAAGAAAGAAAUCUGCUGCUUAGACCAGGCAGGGAUGCUUUCAUUACCACUUCAAAGACACAAGUGGAAACUCUGGAAGAAGUUUAUACCAUCAUGGCUUUGGGCCUCUGGAACAACAUGAUGGAGCCAGUUGGGCAGAAGCAACCUUACGGUGUCACAAAAACGUUUCAGGUUCAGUGUCCAUCUCAGGAAAAUCCAUAUUUGUUCACAUACAGAAACAGUAACUACUCAUCCUCCCCGGAGACGUUAAACACCAAAGAAACAUCUCAGGAGAGAACUUACGGAACAAGUAUUCCCUGUUUAGGCCGGGGUCCCUCUGAUACAGCUCCAGUCUCAGUUCAUAAUUUGAGACCAGCAGAUAUUCGGGUGAUUGCUGCCCUGGGAGAUUCUCUCACAGCAGCUAAUGGGGCAGCAUCCAAACCUCAUGAUGUCCUGGAUGUCCUGACUCAAUACCGAGGUCUUUCUUGGAGUGUUGGAGGAAAUGAAAACAUAAGCACGGUCACGACACUAGCAAAUAUUCUUCGUGAGUUCAACCCAUCCUUGAUAGGGUAUUCCACUGGCACUGGAAGGGAGACUACAGAUAACGCUGCACUCAACCAAGCUGUGGCAGGGGAUUGUGCUGAGGAUGUUCCCGUGCAGGUUAGAAGGCUGGUGGACCGCAUGAAGAAUGAUACUAGAAUAAAUUUUCAGACUGACUGGAAGCUCAUAACACUUUUCAUAGGAGGAAAUGACCUGUGCAGAUUCUGCAGGAACCCAGUACGCUAUUCUCCUGAAAACUACACCUACAAUCUACAAGUAUCUUUGGACAUACUUCACAGAGAGGUUCCACGGGCAUUUGUGAACCUGGUGACAGUGCUGUACAUAGCAAGCCUCCGGGAGCUGCACACAUCAAACAAUACAUGCCCGAAGCUGCUCAUGAGGAUCGAAUGCCCUUGUGUUUUAAACCUGGAGGACAACUCCAAUGAGUUCAAGAAGUUGGUCUACUUUAACAGAAGGUAUCAGGAGAGAACGCGCCAGUUAGUGGAGAGUGGAAGGUAUGACACUACAGAUGAUUUCACAGUGGUCACGCAGCCGUUUUCAGUGAAUAUCGAGAUGCCAAAAACACAGGAGGGGUUGCCGGACAGUUCAUUCUUUGCCCCAGACUGUUUCCACUUCAGCCAGAAGACUCAUUCCCAGGCUGCACGUGCUUUGUGGAACAACAUGAUGGAACCCUUAGGGGAGAAGACAAAUAAUCAGCAAAUGGACCGUGAGAUUGUUCUCAAGUGUCCAACUGAGGCUGAGCCAUUCCUGAGGACAUAUAAGAACAGUAAUUACAUAUACCCUAACCAAGCUCCAAAUUAUGGAAGCCAGCUGCUAUGCGAGGACAGGUCUCCAUCCUCCCCUCCUCCAACUUCAGUGCAUUCCCUAAAGCCAGCUGAUGUGAAAAUUAUAGCAGCCCUUGGGGAUUCUUUGACGGCUGGUACAGGAAUUGCCUCAGAUAGUCUCCUGGAUUUGAGCACUGAAUAUCGGGGACUGUCUUGGAGUAUUGGAGGAGAUGCAUCAUUAGAGAACAUGACAACUCUACCUAACAUCUUUCGAGAGUUCAAUGUCACAACUGUGGGCUAUUCGACUGGUACAGGGAGUGCAAAUGAGUCGAAUGCAUUCCUUAACCAGGCAGUUCCUGGAGCGCAGGCUGAGCACUUACCAGCCCAAGCAAGAAAUCUUCUGAGACUAAUGCAAACUGAUCCUAGAAUUGACUUCAGUGCUGACUGGAAGCUGAUAACAGUACAUAUCGGAGGCAACGAUCUGUGCAACUAUUGCAAAGACCCUGAUCACUACUCAGCUGUGAAUUUCACCAGGAGGAUUCAAGAAACUCUUGAUAUUCUGCAUGAGCAGGUUCCGAAAGCUUUAGUGAGUCUGGUUGAAGUGAUGGACCUCCACCCUCUGAGACAGUUGUUUGUGGACACUCAAGUUCAGUGCCCCACUUACAUGGCAGAUUACCUGUGCAGUUGUGUUCUCACAGAAGAAGAAAACUCACAAAAUUUAUCAAUGGUGAAGGAAGCCACCAGAGAUUACCAGCUUGGAAUUCGGAGACUGUUGGAGUCUGGCAGAUACGACACUCAUGAAAAUUUCACAGUGGUCAUCCAGCCUUUCCUCCAAAAUCCCAAGAUUUCUCUUGGUCAGGAUGGGCAUCCAGAUCUCUCCUACUUUGCGCCUGACUGCUUCCAUCCAAGCCAGAAAGGCCAUGCUCAGCUUGCCAAGGCUCUUUGGAAUUCACUGUUACAACCUGUACACCAGAAAGCUGACUCGUUUGAUUUCAUGGCUGACAUUGUCCUUGACUGUCCAACUCAGGACAAACCAUUCCUGGCAACAUACAAGAAUAGCAACUACACACACCUACCUGUGGAGCCCACUGAUGAGCCAAUAGAGAACUGGGGCAGUGACCUGUUGUGUUCCGAACAGGCUUCAUCCAGUCGUGUCCCAGCAUCAGCACAUGAGCUACAACCUGCUGAUAUCAAAGUCAUAGGAGCACUGGGAGAUUCCCUGACUACUGCAAAAGGAGCCAAAGCAUCUGACUCAGACUGGAGGGGACUUUCCUGGAGCAUUGGAGGUGAUGGCACCCUGGAGACACAGACUACUUUACCCAAUAUCCUGAAAAAAUUCAACCCGGACCUCUUUGGCUUUUCCACUGGCAGCUCCAUGAAAACAGCUGGAUUCAACGUCGCACAGAGAGGUGCCACAGCACGCAAUAUGUCAGCCCAAGCACGUGAAUUGGUGGAGCUAAUGAGAAGCAGCUCGAAAAUUAACUUCAAGGAAGACUGGAAGCUGAUCACUGUCCUCGUUGGAGGCAACGACUUAUGCCAGUACUGCCUGGACAAGGAAGCCUUUUCAGUGCAAAAGUAUGUAAAGCACCUUCAGGACACUCUGGAUAUUUUCUACGAGGAGCUCCCAAGGGUCUUUGUCAACAUGGUGGAGAUACUAGAGGUUUCUGGACUGCGUCAGAUUGCAGCAAGCUCUUCAACGUGUGCUUUGAUAACAAAGAACUUUUGCCCAUGUGUCUUAAACCCCGAGGAAAAUUCUUCUGAGCUACAAGAAAUUAAGAGAGUUAACAGAGAUUUUCAGGCUGAAGCCUUGCAGCUGAUCAACAGCGGUCGGUACGAAGAGCGUGAGGACUUUGCAGUUGUCAUGCAGCCGUUUUUCCGAAACACGUUGUUGCCCCUGGAUGCCGACAGCAAGCCAGAUAUGAGUUUCUUUGCUGCAGACUGCCUUCAUUUCAGUGGAAGAGGUUAUGCUGAGAUGGCUAUAGCUCUCUGGAAUAAUAUGCUGGAGCCAGCUGCUGGAAAGCAGACUUACAACAACUUCACCUAUGACAGAUCAAAACUCAAGUGUCCAAGCCCAGAGAAACCCUUUCUAUCCACUCUGAGAAACAGUGGGUUCAGAAGUGCAGACCUCAACUUGGGUAAGAUGGAACCUUCAGUCCCUUACUGGGCUGUCAUUGUGGCUGCAGUAGCUGGAGUCCUGGCGGGUUCUUUACUCAUCUGGAUAGUGCUGAGAAGAAGAGUAAAGAGGUACCAACAUGGGACUGACACAGAAAAGAACACGAAAAUGACGCCCCUGUAAAGCAAGUGGAACAAACAUCUUUCUCUGCUGAGGCUGCUCCCUGGUGUGGUGCAGAAAGCUAUAGAAUAAGAAAACCCCAUUGGAUAUGAAUGAAGCUUCUUGGUUAGCCAGGGAUUUUGAGGCUCAGUAAUCUUGACCAGAAAUGUACUGUAAAGGUAGGCUCCGCACAUCAGUCAAGCGGGGGGUGAAGUUCAAAGUGUUAAAGCUUUUUGUUCUGGGAUGCAACUCUCCGUUUCAUGAAUAUUACUCCGGAUGUCAAUUGCUUGAGCGAAGCAAGAAAACUUGUUCAUGCAUCUCGGCACCUUAAUUGUACAUCUGCUCUUUACAUGUAUAAAACUGUACAUAGAAUACUAGAUACAAGUUCGUGAUUGUGACCUGGUAUUCCCCAGUAGCAAGGUGAGAUGAAAAAGAAAAGUUGCCAUUUCACAUGUUAGAUUCCGGUAGGUGCUAAGGUGAUUCUACACGGGCAAGUACAAUGCCAUGGAAACAUCUUUAAGAUAACUUCUGAGCACCCUGGGCCAUCUAUGUGGUAUCCCUGGGUGGCACAGCUAGAAUAACUGCAUUCUCUCCACUGCCUUGGACUCCAGGCUCUGCCCAUCCGGGACUGCACAUGGAGCUGGGCCAUGCACAUCACUUCUCCUCUGGGGCUGAGGAGCCCAGGGGCAGUCCUGUACCCUCCUGCCCACCACUGUGUGGCAGCUGGUUCCAGCAUGACUCUUCCUGUGAAGAAGGAAUUUCUCUGUAGCACGCAGUAAGGGGUCUAAGCACAAAUGAGGUACCUGAUUGGGAAAUCAGCCUGGCUUAACCCUCCUCAUAGGGCCCGUGGUGUGUUCAGGUCUCCCAGGCUCGACGAUCCGUGGCUGUUCUCCAAAGAAGAAUUUGCAAGGUUCCUUUAGAAAUCCCAGUCAGGAGUUCAGAGAUCUUUCCUGGGAAUUAUCCAGUUCUUGUUUUGUAUUUGCAGGCCAAUUCAUGCAGUCUGCUAGCACAGAAGAUAAUUCCCAGGUUCCAUGUGCUCAUGUUUUCCAACACCUUUCUUAUUUCCUCUGUCAAAUACUUUGCAUUUUGAUUUUAUUGAAGCCAAAGUGUGGUUUGUACUGGUCUAAUUUCUCUGAGGUGUACUACGUUUCCACUCCAGAAAUGUAAAUGAGAAGAAAAUUAAAAUAUUUUGGACAAGAAA